AUGAAGAAACCGCCAGGCCUGGGGGUAGUAGGGGGCACAGUCUUCCUGACCCCAUCCUGUCAGAUCUCCCGCUUUGAGGGGCACUCAAUCCUCGUGCGCCUCUCUGAUCACAUGGAGGCUGAGGGUCCCGCUGUGAAGUGGGUGGGAGAGCCCCCAGGGGACGAGGGGCCACUGCGGGACGUAGCCCUGGGGCUCGGCCAGGAGGGCAACGGGGGCGGCCAGGUCGGGGUGGCCCGGGCCCCGGGGCAGGGGGAGGCGGCCCUCCGCUCCGGGGACAGAACAGCAGCUCGGGGGCGGAGGGCUCCCCGCGGCCCCUCCCCGCGGCCCCCGCGCGCCGAGGCGGAGCAGGUCCCCCGCCGCCGCGGCGCGGCGGGCCGCGGGGGCCCCGGGCGGCCCUGCCCCUUCUCCAUCGACCACAUCCUGUCCAGCCCGCCCGAGCGCAGCGCCGGGGCCGCCCGCGCGCCGCCGCCCGCAGGCCGCCAGAGCCCCGCGGAGCCCGGGGAGCCCGGGGCGCCCGAGGCCGCGCCCUGCGGCUGCUGCUGCUGCUGCGGACCCCGCGCGGCGCCCCGGGGACCCCCGGAGGCGGCCGCCGCGCUGGGCGCGCGGCUGCCGUGGCCGCUGAGGCUGGGCCCCGCGGCGCCCUCGCCCUUGGCCGCGGCGGCGGGAGGCUCGGGGGCGCUGCCGGGCGCGGGCGGGCCGGGCCCGCAGAGGCGCACGCGGCGCCACCGCACCAUCUUCAGCGAGGAGCAGCUGCAGGCGCUGGAGGCGCUCUUCGUGCAGAACCAGUACCCCGACGUGGGCACCCGCGAGCGCCUGGCCGGCCGCAUCCGCCUGCGCGAGGAGCGCGUGGAGGUCUGGUUCAAGAACCGCCGGGCCAAGUGGCGACACCAGAAGCGGUCGGCCACCUCGAGGCUCCUCCCCGGGGCCAAGAAGCCCCCGAAGGAGAGCGGCUGACGGCCUGGAAGCCGCUCGUGGCCUUGGCCGCGUCCCCGGGGCCCGCCGGGGAGGACUCGGGUCCGCCCGAAACCGAGCUGAGAGCGGCCGCGGGGCUCCCGCAGCCUGGAGCUAGCGCUCGGGCAGGGGCGGCCGUGCGUGCCCCCCCCCCCCCCCCGCCCCGGCCCUGCCCGGUGAAAGGAGGGAGCCCUGAGCAUCCCCACGUGCUCUCCUCCCCGUGACUAGGGUCGGGAGGAUUCCCUGGGGGCCGGUGGGCUGGGUCCGCUUCAACUCCCCCCCCCCCCCCCAGGACAGGAACCACUCCUGGGCAGGGGGCCCGGAAGCCUCCUCUCCCUCCCCUCCCCCGCAUGCACACGGCUCCCUCGACCCCGCCUCUGGAGGUUUCGAGCAUUCUGGGGCGGUCGGCUUGCGGCUUGCGUGUCCUGCACCAGGCCUAGGUGUCCAGAGCUGUGGGAUAAGAGCGUUGGGUGAGGUCAUCUCCCUGCCCCGCUCCUUAAUUCUGUGAGCCUCGCCUGCAUCCUGGGAAAUAAAAAAGCAACUGCAAACCGCACAAAAGCAGUCCAGAGUUUAAAGUCCGCCGUGGCUCCACUCCCACAUCCAAGGAGUGGGGGCCACCUUGCCUUGGGGAGCGCAGCCCAGAGAGUCCUCAGUCCCUGUGCUCCCCAGCACAGCAGACCACCCCACAGAUCAUGGCCUAGCACCCCCGGGGGCCUGCACUGGCCUCCAGGUACUGCUCAUGGGUGGAGAUCCUUGGCUUCCUCCUUCUGGCGGGUUUCCAGGCCGUGUGUCUGCCUCCCUCUCCGCCUUCCUGUUGGGGCCAGAGGAAGUCUGACUGGGGAGGAUGCACCACAUGCCCCUGCCGCUGCCUUGGAAAGUGUCCGUUUUCCUCUCCAUCGUCCUGACCCCAGGGUGGAGGAAGGUCGCUUUGGUUCCCCCCGAAGGCCCCUCUGGUGGGCUCAGGGCACCUGGCACCUGGCUUGGGGACCAUGCUCUGCCUCCUUACGGGUCCUGGAGGAAAUGGGCCGGGGGUAUCUGAAAGCAGACGCAGUCCACUCAUUAAAGGUCUAGAAGCCAGGGCUACCACUCCCAGGACUCUCCAAGGCUGGCCGGCUCAGAGAACACUGAGCACCCAAGCCGUCUAACUGCUGGGAGCCUCCGGGACAACAGCACUCACCUCCACCCCUCAGGCUACACACUUGUGGCUGUCACAGGCUUUCCCCCUGAAUGCUGGCCUUAUCCUCGCAUACUGCACAGUGCGCCAGCAGCGCUUCCCUCAGGCUGGGAUGCCCUCAUCUGGCUGGGCCCUGGGACCCUGGGACCCUGACCCUCCCGGUUGGCUCUUCGUCAUUGCACGGCCGUGAUCAGAGCCCUGCCUGCGAAGGACCAGUGACUGUACUGUCCUCGUUUCUCUCCUUUCUCUCUAGCUGCUCCUUGGCAGGCUCACCCCCUACAAGCUGCCCAUUAACGUGGGCAUCCUGCAGGCUGAGCCCCAGGCAUGGGCCCCUCCGCUCCAUUCUCUCCUUGCUUCAUCACUUCCACCUCAGGCUCCAACUCCUGUAUCUCUGCCACAUUUACAUCUCCAGCCCAGACCUCUUCCCUGAGCUGGAUAUUUAUGUCCCACUGUUCCCUUGACUACUCCACCUGGAAGCCUGCAGCGCCUCAAAACCACCUUGUCUGCGGCAAACUUUCCUUUUGCAAACCAGGUGCAUGAGCCAGAGAGCUGGCAAUCACCCGCACCCCUCCUCCCCCUCACCCACCACACCCAGGCCAGCAGCAAACCAAUACUUUUUUUGAAUUUUAUAUAAAUUCA